CGGCGGCGGCGGACACAGCCUGAGGGAGCGGCGGGCGGGGCGGCGCCUGGCCCGGCAGGGCCGCGCCGGCUGAGGGGCGUCCAUGGCGCGCGGGCCCCGGCGGGGCGCGGCCGCGGCCUGAGGGCGGCCAUGUCCGGGGUGGUGCGGACCCUCAGCCGCUGCUUGCUGCCGGCCGAGGCCGGAGCCCGCGAGCGCAGGGCGGGCGCGGCGCGCGACGCGGAGCGCGAGGCCCGACGGCGCAGCCGCGACAUCGACGCGCUGCUGGCCCGCGAGCGGCGCGCGGUGCGGCGGCUGGUCAAGAUCCUGCUGCUGGGCGCGGGCGAGAGCGGCAAGUCCACCUUCCUCAAGCAGAUGCGCAUCAUCCACGGCCGGGAGUUCGACCAGAAGGCGCUGCUGGAGUUCCGCGACACCAUCUUCGACAACAUCCUUAAGGGCUCGAGGGUACUUGUGGACGCUCGGGACAAGCUUGGCAUUCCCUGGCAGCACUCUGAGAAUGAGAAGCACGGGAUGUUUCUGAUGGCCUUCGAGAACAAGGCAGGGCUGCCUGUGGAGCCUGCCACCUUCCAGCUCUACGUGCCAGCCCUGAGCGCACUCUGGAGAGACUCGGGGAUCAGGGAAGCCUUCAGCCGCAGAAGCGAGUUCCAGCUGGGUGAAUCAGUGAAGUACUUCCUGGAUAACUUGGACCGGAUUGGCCAGUUGAACUACUUCCCCAGUAAGCAAGACAUCCUGCUGGCUAGAAAGGCCACCAAGGGAAUUGUGGAGCAUGACUUCGUUAUAAAGAAAAUCCCAUUUAAGAUGGUAGAUGUGGGUGGCCAGAGGUCACAGCGACAGAAGUGGUUCCAGUGCUUCGACGGGAUCACAUCGAUCCUGUUCAUGGUGUCCUCAAGCGAGUACGACCAGGUCCUCAUGGAGGAUAGGCGCACCAACCGCCUGGUGGAGUCCAUGAACAUCUUCGAGACCAUCGUCAACAACAAGCUCUUCUUCAAUGUCUCCAUCAUCCUCUUCCUCAACAAGAUGGACCUCCUGGUGGAGAAGGUGAAGUCAGUGAGCAUUAAGAAGCACUUCCCGGAUUUCAAGGGCGACCCGCACCGGUUGGAGGAUGUCCAGCGCUAUCUGGUGCAGUGCUUCGACAGGAAACGCAGGAACCGCAGCAAGCCCCUGUUCCACCACUUCACCACUGCCAUAGACACCGAGAACAUCCGCUUCGUGUUUCAUGCUGUGAAGGACACGAUCCUGCAGGAGAACCUGAAAGACAUCAUGCUGCAGUGAGAGACAGCCCCUCUGCCGUCCUCUCAUGGCCUCCGUGGCCUAUGGCUGCGUCUCUGGUGUGUCUGCCGCCUGCAUGGACCUGCAGUGGGCAUCUCGAAUCCACACCAUCUAAUACCUGGCUCAACCAUGCUGGACUAUCAGCCACACCAGUGAGCUCCGGGCAAGAGGACGUGGGAGUGUCAGUGAUAGCUACUGAAUUGGGGACUGUGAAACUACUGAAUCCACACCAUCGCUCUGGUGUUGAUCUGUAAAACCUGGGAACACAGCUUUCUCCCUCCCUACAGAAACUCUUCCUUUCUGACACAACUUAACCAAGGUUCAGGUGUGUGCAGACACACGCUUGCUCUCAUUAAGGACAGAAACACAACCCCAGCUGGCCUUGCAGACGGCUCUUCCCUCUGACAUGCAGGUUCUCACUGAGACACGCUAACUCACGUUAGUCUGUAGAGGGGCAUGCGAUGCUGCUAAGCUCAGUAUCCAAGCUCAGACCACAGUGCCCCCUCCUAGAGCGAGCAUGCUGCCUUUAAAAUUGUGCCAACACCCUCCGAGUCCCCAUGCUGAGGCACAUCAGGAUGAGCAAAGGAGUGGGGUCAGGUGUCCACAUUCCCUACAGAGAGUUCAAGAGAACUCUCUGUGUAGAGAACAAGGUGGAACCUGCCGGUAGCCACUCAUCAUAUCUCCAUGCCCAGCGGGCCACGGUGUGCAAAGGUGAGGUGGCCUCUGAAGCAGCUCUGGCCAGCCUGUGCACAUAGUGGUGCUCUCUACUCCUUCACCUGUCCCUCCACAGCCUGUGGCAGAGACACAUAACCAAGUGGCCUUGUAGGUUGCCUUACUUGACAGUUGGCAUGUAGCGUCCCCUGUGCUGGGCUCUGAAGGUGGGCCAGAGAUGCUCUACCCCUCUAGAGCAUCAUCAUGUCUUGGCUGCUUAGUGAGCCCCAGCCACUGACCUUCAGAAGCAGCCCCGGGCUCUGCACACCACCCUCACCAUUGCCUUUACACAGCAUGCUCUGCUCUCAGGGCGGCUGACAGGCCACAUUGUUGCUGUGCACACAAAGCCAGUCGGCACCCUCCUAGCCCUGGUUCAUGAGGAUGCAGAAGGCUGGGAACAUCAGCACAACCUGCUAAGCCUUGGCCUAGCCUGGCCAUACACCUGGCAGGCGUUGCACUGUUUUACAAUAUAUUGCAUUCCAGACCUGCCCUUCUGUACAUUAGUUACUUUCUGGGAGCUGGGGGUGUGGCUUAUAACUUCCCCAGAAUGUUCUUUGGCUCACUAACACCUCUAAGGGCCCUGUUGCAUCCUGGUCUUGGCUCAUUUCAGCCACCAGACACAUAGGAUUCUUGAAGCAGAUGCUAAGCCAGGAGACGGGAUGGGACUGCUUCUUAGAGCCCUCGUUAUUGCAGCGCUCUGACUAGGAAAUUAGCAGUCAGUCUCUCUCACUCACUUGUUCUUGCUCGCUGCGCUCAGCGGUUUGUAUCAGUGCUUGCUGAGCCUCUGCCUCUUUCCUUUGGGGAGAGAACAGCCGUUCUGCCUGCUUCACCAAGUCUUCACAAGCUGAGGGGAUGUGGCCAGGUUAGUACCAGGGACCAGCAACCCUUCAGGGCUCCUUGGGGGGUCUCAGGUCCACACACAGUGAGCAUCCCUCACCAGGUGCCCCAUGUAUCUGUCAGACACAACCUGUUCCCAGCCGCUGCUGGUGGCCACUGUGACUGAGGUGAGUGUGGGGUUGCCAGGGAGAGCGCUGUCCCUCCGACAGCCUGACUACAUGACAGUCUCACCAUAUGACAGCCUCACCAUAUGUAUGUCACUUUGAAAGCUGGCAGGCAGCAUGUGAGUAGCAAGAUGUGAACUGGAGCUAGCUAAGCAGAACGCAGGGGGGUGGGCAGAAGCCACCUCCUGGCGAGCUGAGCCUGGCUGUGUCAUUUCUGCUGGGACACCCACUCUGUGAUCUGUGGUGCAGUCAGAAGAGAGGCUGGAGUCAUUUACAAGUUUCUACACGUAGAUGGUAGUCAGGUUUUCUCCCAGACCUUAGGCUUUUGUAUUUUUUUUUUAUUUUAAUUUCACUGUUACCCUUGACUAUUGUCCUUUUUGUUGCAGUGUUGGAGAAGCAGGAGGUAUUUGUGCCUCAUCUAUAACUGCAAAAAAAAAAAAAAUUAAAUAACUGUAACAAUAAACGUCCUAAAAAUCA